GCUUACGAAAGAUCUACUUGAGCAUCCUGUAGUUUCUGAUUCUGCCUGAUUUUGUCAUAGAUAGUGAGUACUUAUGCUGUGAGCGACUCAAAAAGAUACGGUUCUUCAGACAGAAGUAAGUGUAAGUAAGUAGUUUCUGCUCGUGCCGUUGCCAACUUUCGCGUCCUAGUGGGUGGCCCAGAAGAGCUUCACACAACGUUACUAACAAUGAAGCGAGUCAGUAAUAUUACGAAGAACAUGGAUUGUAUGGAGACUCUUCCGGCUCCACUGCCCCGCUCGACUCCAUCCCUGCAGGACCGAGCCGCAGCAGUCACGCAGCCGGGGGAGGCAUUGGAUUUCCUCCACUCGUAUCAAAUGCAAAUAGGUCUCUGGGUCUCUCUGGAAGCAUGCAAGUUCCUUGUCAUGCUUGUCUGGCAUGACUGAAGAAUUUGUCAUGCGUGUCCAAGAAGAGAUAGAAACCCUUUCACUUGUCAUGCAAAAAGCAGUUUGUAAUGUGGAAAGCGCAACACUAAGCCGCGCAAAUAUUUCUCAUGCUUGGCUGUGCAUAAUUACAGAGAAUUCACUAUUCUUCACAACUCAGCAUUACAAGUUUCCGGACCCAGACAUAUUUGCAUUUGAUAGCUCGGGGCCCGGGAUGAUAGCACUGGUUGGAUUGCUCGGCCCGGCGGAGGUGCGACGAAUUUGCGGCCUCGCGGCACUGUGGCAGCCCCCCGCUGACCAUCCUCCCAGAUUUACGUAUAAUCAGUGACAACCUACAACCUUCUCGCAGCUCCAUCGGAAGCAUGGGAAGCAGCACGUCGGAGGUUUCAUCUAGCGUGAGGUGGGGGGAGCUUUUGUGCAUUGCAAAUAUGUCUGGGUCUGGAAGGAUGCAACGUGUGAUGCUACCUUUGGACUCUGCAUGAAAUCUGUAUUGCAUGAACAGCAAAAGAGGUGCAAUUUGUGCUACGCGGAGAGGGCAUUUCUUCUGCGGUAUGAGCAUUAGAAAGCCCUCACAGAAUCUCUGAUGCUAGGGCAUGCAUCACAGACUUUAUGGGUCAUGCAAAAUCUGCAUGACAAACUCCUGCAUUCUUCCAGACCCAGACAUAUUUGCAUUUUAUAGCUUUCUUGGGCAGUUCUAUCGUAACAAACUAUUUAUUUAUGGUCAUCGUUUGCAUCUGGCCUCGAUGUUCUUUAAAUUUACGUUGCACAUGCAACAGAGCAGUCGCAGCCGGAGGUCCGAUGAAACGUACCGCACGAUUUUUAUCCAUGGCUUGACCAGUAGAAGUAUCAUUAAUCAAACAAUAUAUUGGGAAGGAAGACUGGUGCGAGGUGCGAGUAAAGAAGCAAAUCUGCAAAUGUCUUGCUGAUCAGCGAUGUUUAUACGCACUUAUUUUUCACAAAAGGAAUUCGAAGCGUUGCAGAAAUCCACUCGAAAUGCUAGUUCGAAAAAACUAACGAAUCUCAAUUACUAGAAGAGAAAACGAAAACCUUCGAAAAAGGAGGCGGAGAAUUAAUUUGGCAACGCAAACAAACUACAUCAAGAGAAUUUUAUUUCUGAUUUUAUUGCAGAAGUAAUAAUAAAAGAUUCCAGAUUUUUUGUCGGGCCCGUGUGGCGCUACAAAGAUAACGAUCUGACAUCAAGGCACCGCUCGAAAAGGAGCGAUGUCCUACGAAUAGGCCCUGGUGCUCACAAAGCGAUGCAACCUGGCUCGUUGUGUCCGAACCCCAGCUGCGGAUGUCGUGUUUGUAGCAGGACGAGGACCAGCACCUGAUCAUAAUUUUCUGUGCGCAGACAGACGCACACGCAGAGGG